AUGGAAUUGACAAAUGGGCUCGUGAAUACAUUGUUGGCAAAUACAACAUGUGGAUCAUUUGCAUUGAUUUACAUUGCCGGCUUUUAUCUUUUUCGGGAUGCAUCAGCUAAUCUUUCUCGAGAUCAUCCAAAAACUAUUGCCUCCCGUAUAAAGUCAGUCAUCCUAGCAUCUAUUGUCAUUCCAAUAAUCGUAUGGAGUGAGCUUUAUAUGAGUGGUACAUUUGGAAAUAUGUCUAUUAAGAAUCAGAUCUCAUCAAUGUCCAUCAGAUUGGGUCUUUAUGACCCAACUAAUUCAUGGCACAUUAUUCAUAUAAUUUCUCCACUUUUACUGACUAUGAUUCUGUUUCUCGGGCCAUUAACUUUGUUGUGGUUUGAGGAAGAACUUCCAUUCCAACAAAACUUCAACUUUCAAAAAGAUGCUGUCGAACAUCUCCGUUCAUUAGAAGGUCAACGAAAUUAUAUCGCUGCUCCUUUUACAGAAGAGUUUGUCUUUCGUGCUUGUGAGAUUGCAUUGUUAUAUCAAGCCGGGCAUUCAAAAAAGUAUCUGAUUUUCAUCUCGCCCAUUUGGUUUGGAACAGCUCACUUGCACCACGUAUGGGAAAAGUAUCGCCAGUAUGGAUCUAAUAAGAAAGCUUUGAAGCGAGCACUCCUGUCUUCCAGUUUUCAGUUUGCCUAUACCACUGUAUUUGGAUGGUAUGCAAGUUUUGUUUUUGUGCGCACGGGCAGUGUGUGGCCUCCCUUCUUGUGCCAUUCGUUUUGCAAUAUGAUGGGAUUUCCUAACGUUGAGGGUAUUUCGUACCAAAAGAAAUGGGAGCAGAUAGCCCAAGUUAUUGUCUAUUUACAUGUACAUAUGGUUGAUCUAGUUAUUUGGGCAAACUAUAUUGUCGGCGUAAUUUUGUUUUAUAAUCUUAUUUAUUAUCUUACUCCUUCUGCUUCUCAGAGCGGGUCUAUUUACUGGUAA